CAUCCGGCUUCAUUAACAGUACGUCGUCGUUGUGAUAUACCUUCCGUUAGGAAACCCACGUCCCACCAUGUCAUUGCUGGUUCAAUGGGAAGCAGUGGCAAAGCCCUAAUUUUGCAGAGAGAAGAGGGAGGGAGAGAGAUGAGCAUCCGACCGUUGGAAACGCUCCCUCCAACAGAAUCCUUAGAGAUAGAGAAUGGGCUCUCACUCGUGCCGCGCGUGAGGCUCGAGCUCACAUUAUACCCGGCAAGCCCCUCCGUUACCAAACCCAUUGACGAGUGGAAGGUGAAGCGCACGCUCAUACACUUCCUCAAGAACUCGCUCUCCGUCCCGGUUACUGUACCCGAGGAAGAUCUCCAUAUCAAACGAAUCAAGGACCUCAAGAAGCGGAAGCGUGACGACCCUUUAGCUCUCGGUACCCUUUUCGUUCGAGACCUGGGAUUUCUUAAUGAGAAAAGCAAGAAGAAUGAAGAUGAAAAGGAACAAGACGUGAAGGUUUUAGAGAAGUUCUUGGAUUGGAGAAGAUACAUCGUUGAAAAGAUGGACGGGAUCGAGCUGAAUAUUGAGGGAAUGAAGUUCAAGCUAAGUGUUGCGAUUCCGGCGUCCGAUGACUUCGAAAGCAUGAAGAAAUCUUGGGAGGAGUUUUUUGCGUUCGGCAAUCGGGGCUAUUCAAGGAGUGGGAGGCAAGAGCCUGAUACCAUAGUGCUGAGAGGAGUUCCAUCAAGGUGGUUUGCUGAGCCGCGGGUUUCGUCGAAGCCUUCCUUGCUGGUUACCCACACUAUAUUUUCAACGUUUGGAAGGAUAAGGAAUCUUAAUGUUGCUGAGGACGAUGAUUUAGGUAAGGAUGCGGAUGAGGAUGCUGCAAACAUAAUCUCAGGCCUCCACUGUAAAAUUGUCGUUCAGUUUGAGAAGUACAGGGACUUCUAUAAUACUCUGAAAGUGUUAUGUUGUCGCUCACUACAGAAGCAAGGAUCUAGAUUGAGAGCUGAUUAUGAGGUUACUUGGGACAGGGAUGGCUUUUUCCGGAACUCGAGAAAUUUAACACAGGUGAAAAUUGGGGUCCAGGAAAUAGCAGCUGCACCCUACAAAAGUGAAGCUCCUAGACGCCAACAACACAUAUCUCGGUUCAGUCCCGAGGACAUCCCUAGAAAGAGGUUCAAGGAAUAGGGAGUAUAAUGUAACAUUUUGGAAAAUUUCUUUUGUGAGAGAGCUGGGAGUCUGAAGAACAGUUCAUACGGAUUUGUUAGCCUGACUUUUGUACAAUUAGUUCCCUUCUGUUUUUAAUUCUAUAUAUACCAUUAAUCUUUAAAGUUGUUCAGUAUGUUGUCCAAUAUUGUAGUUCCAUGCUUCAACUAACAUAAAGCACAGUUAAUGUACUCCCUAUGAAAGGUUCAAACA